AUGUCUAGACAAAUCAAUCUUAAGAGCAGCUGCAGGGGCUUCAGCUCUGGCUCAGCCAGAGUGCCUGGGCUGAGCCGCUCUGGCUUCAGCAGUGUGUCUGUGUGCCGCUCCAGGGGCAGCGGUGGCAUUGGGGCAGUGGGCGCAGGCUCUGGUUUGGGCAGCAGGAGCCUCUAUGGCCUGGGAAGCUCAUUGAGGAUCUCCAUGGCAGGGGGCAGCUGUGGCAUCAGAGGGGGAUAUAGCAGAGUUGGGGGUAGCUGUGGCUUUGGAGGUGGAGCCGGCAGUGGAUUUGGUUUUGGCGGUGGUAGCUUUGGGCUCGGUGGUGGCGGUGCUGGCUUUGGUGGUGGCUAUGGGGGCUCAGGCUUCCCCGUGUGCCCUCCUGGAGGCAUCCAAGAAGUUAGCAUCAACCAGAGCCUCCUGACUCCUCUCAACCUGGAAAUCGACCCCACCAUCCCGCGGGUGAGGACAGAGGAGCAUGAGCAGAUCAAGACCCUCAACAACAAGUUUGCCUCCUUCAUCGACAAGGUGUAAUUUCUGGAACAGCAGAACAAGGUCUUGCAGACCAAAUGGACCCUGCUGCAAGAGCAGGAUACCAAGACUGUGAGGCCAGGCAUAGACCUUUUAUUUGAGGAGUACAUCAAAAGUCUCAGGAGACAUCUGGACUCCAUCACUACAGAGGGGAGUCAUAUUCAAUCAGAGAUGAAGAACAUGCAGGGUGUGGUAGAAGACUUCAAGAACAAGUAUGAAGAUGAAAUCCACAGGCAUACAGCAGCAGAAAAUGAAUUCGUGACACUGAAGAAGGACGUGGAUGCUGCCUCCAUGAAGGAGGUUGAACUGAAAACCAAUGCAACUGGGCUUAGAAAUGAGGUCAUCUUCCUCACAUCCAUCUUUGAAGAAGAGCUGUCUCAAAUGCAAACCAACAUCUCAGACACUUCUGUGAUCCUCUCUAUGGACAACAACCGUAACCUGGACCUGAGUAGCAUCAUUGUGGAGGUCAAAGCCCGAAAUGAGGAGAUUGCUCAGAGGAGCUGGGCUGAGGCUGAGUCCUGGUACCAGACCAAGUAUGAGGAGCUGCAGGUCACAGCCAGCAGACAUGGAGAUGACCUGCGUAACACCAAGCAGGAGAUUGCUGAGAUCAACCACAUGAUCCAGAGGCUGAGAUCCGAGAUCGACCACGUGAAGAAGCAGUGUGCCAGCCUACAGGACACAAUCACUGAUGCCGAGCAGCGAGGUGAGCUGGCCCUCAAGGAUGCCAGGAGCAAGCUGGAAGGGCUGGAGGAUGCCCUGCAGAAGGCCAAGCAGGACAUGGCCAGGCUGCUGAAGGAGUACCAGGACCUCACGAGUGUCAAGCUGGCCCUGGAUGUGGAGAUUGCCACCUACAGGAAGUUGCUGGAAGGCGAGGAGUGCAGGUUGAUUGGUGAAGGCCUGGGACCCACCAACGUCUGUAAGUACUGA